UGCUGCCCGUGGUGCCGCUGUGUGUACCCGAAACCACGUCGAGUAGCACCACCAUCUUACCAGCCUGCCAUUCAUUCAGGGCGUGGGUCGCAGGGACCUCUAUUGGAGCACCCACUGUAUUUUCAAGCGCAAAGGAUAUAUUUGUGAGGUAAAUCGGGGGGUGGCGCAGGACGACCUCCGUAGAUCAGCCCAGCAGCAGCGACAGCAGGGGAGACGAUGAUCGAAGUGAUCUGCAACGAUCGGUUGGGAAAGAAGGUGAGGGUGAAGUGCAACGAAGACGACACAAUAGGGGACCUGAAGAAGCUCAUAGCCGCGCAGGUCGGCACACGACCAGAGAAGAUCCGGAUCCAGAAGUGGUACACCGUCUACAAGGACCACAUCACCCUUGAAGACUACGAGAUCCACGACGGCAUGGGAUUGGAAAUGUACUACAACUAGUCCCGCCCUUCCCCUUUAGAAGCUGGCACGCUCGUGUUAUGCUCGCCAGAAUUGUAUCGUAUUGGGCAUGGUGUGUGGGCAGACACGCUGUUUUGGCUACUCGGGGUAGAGGUGGGGCAUGGACUGGAAGUGGGGAAAGAGGGGGCGUGGGCUAAGAAUGUGGUAGGGCUGUGCGGGGUGGGCAGACGUCCCCGGCAGUGUCGGUUGACACGUGUAUAGGCGAUGCCGGAGGUUGUAAGAUAGGGUUGGCGAGGUUAUCAGCAUCUGUUGGACGUAAUGUACUCCUUUAACCGUGGCUUUGGUUGGAGCCUUGGAGUGUAAUACCAAAGGAGUAGUGUCUUCCUUUGAGAACGGCCCGCGGGGCGCCAAAAAUAUUUUCUCUUUGAAAGGAAAGAACACCGUUCAGGGGUUCUCAAUCAUGGGUUGGCGAAAAAAGAAACCGACACGAUAACCCCGGGGCGACAAGACCCUCAAGCGGAAUUCGGUCUAUGUUUUUCUGUUUGGGCGUCUGCCUUAUGCACCUCUCGAUGGAACGUCUAGUUCAAGACCUCAUCCCCAUCAAUGAGGAAGCACACACAGCAACGAAGGCGAUUGGGAGAGCAUGCCCGGCUGUCACAGAGCGAGGGCGGUUGGGAAAGCAUGCGCCGCUGUCUCUCUUCGUUUGGCCACGCGUUGUCUCGAAAUCAGUGUUUGUAGUCAUCGGGCAAGCGAUAAGAGUUUCGCUUGAUGCUUCGUGAGUACAGCGGUGUCAAAUGUGACAUAUCAGGUACCUUGCCUGUUGAGGUAUCCUGUACAUAAGGAAGAUCUGACAAAUCAAAGCUCUAGGCAUAGCAGAACCUUGUUUCAUAACUCAUCCGCGCACUUUAGGUAUCGUCUUGCCGUAGGUCUCCCCUUGUUAUUGGUCCUGAGCUUGCUAUGCUGAGGCCAAAGUUGAUUGUGUUUUUGGACGAGGAACAUUUGGUUCAUGGAUUGGCUGUUUUUUGUUUGUUUGGUGUCGCGGGUGCUUUU